AUGACUGCCACUUCGACUACCACCAAGACUACCACUGCCUCUAUAACCAUCGCGAGUGCUACCAACUCCUACAUUGACUGCCACUACAACUACCAACAUGACUGUCACUUCAACUACCAACAUGACUGUCACUACAACUACCAACAUGACUGUCACUUCAACUACCAACAUGACUGUCACUACAACUACCAACAUGACUGUCACUUCAACUACCAACAUGACUGCCACUACAACUACCAACUUGACUGCCACUACAACUACCAACAUGACUACCACUACGACUUACAACAUGACUGCCACUACGACUACCAACUUGCAAUUGACUGCCACUACAACUAUCAAAAUGACUGCCACUACAACUACCAACAUGACUGCCACUACGACUUACAACUUGACUGCCACUACAACUACCAACAUGACUGCCACUACAACUACCAACUUGACUGCCACUACAACUACCAACAUGACUGCCACUACAACUACCAACUUGACUGUUACUACAACUACCAACAUGACUGCCACUACACCUACCAACAUGACUGCCACUACAACUACCAACAUGACUGCCACUACGACUUACAACUUGACUGCCACUAUAACUACCAACGUGACUACCACUACAACUACCAACAUGAGUGCCACUACGACUACCAACUUGACUGUCACUACGACUACCACCGUGACUGA